AUCUUCUCCUUUUAAUUAUCUUUCUAUACAUGCCGUGUUUGUUUAGAAAAAUAUUUCAUAUCAAGCAAAUUUUUGUCACCGUGCUGACUUGCACCAUGCUCAUUUGGCUCUCAAUAAACAGUGAUCUCAUAAAUUUAUGUCAUUCACCUUCGAAAGAUUAUCUUACAUGUUUUUUAAGCAAACAUAAUAAAUCGACCAAGGUUUUAAAUUCCAUGAAAAUCGACAAAGCUAUAGACAUUAGCUUGAUUUGUGUAACACCUCUUUGGUUUGAGAAAUAGUUAAGCCCAACCAACCAAGAGAUACUGCCAAGUAUAUAUAUAUAUAUCAUAAUAAAAAGCAACUUGCGUAGAAAUCCAAUAGCUGUCCUUAUGUAUCAGCAAAAGCGAAGUGUAACCCUACUGAUGAAGAGGUGAUUGUCUUAGUGCACUAGUUGGUAGAUAAUCUCAGUAAGAAGCAAAGCCUAAUUACUAUAUUAAGUAGUGGAGUUCUUAUAAAAGCUGUGUAGUAGGGUGUUAUAUUAGCUACAAAUUAAUCUAUCUAUAUAUAAUUCUCAGUUAUUAUGUCGACGAUGAUGAGUAGUAACUCAUCACCGACAUCAUCGUCAUCACUGCUGAUACUGGAAAAUCCACCAACAAAAACUUCAUCAUCAUUGAAGGUCAUCGAUUUCUUUUGUAGAGAAUAUGAUGAACAUUAUCCGCCCGGCUUUCUUAAAAAGGUGUUAGCAGAGUUAAUAGCUACAUUUCUAUUGGUUUUCGUGACUUGCGGAUCAGCAGCAUUAAGUAAUAGUGAUGAAGGCAGAGUCUCCAAGUUAGGAGCUUCUAUUGCUGGUGGACUUAUCGUGACGGUCAUGAUAUAUGCAGUUGGUCAUGUCUCUGGUGCUCAUAUGAAUCCUGCCGUUACCUGUGCAUUUGCGGCUGUAAGGCACUUCCCAUGGAAACAGGUACCCUUUUAUGCUGCAGCUCAACUAACUGGAGCUUUGGUUGCAUCAUUUACCCUUCUAAUUUUACUGCGCCCUAUCAACAACAUUGGAACUACUUCUCCUUGCGGAACUGAUUUUCAAGCUUUAGUGAUGGAAAUUGUUGUCACAUUUUCCAUGAUGUUUGUCACCGCAGCAGUUGCCACUGAUACUAAAGCAGUUGGAGAAUUAGCAGGCAUUGCAGUUGGUUCUGCCGUUUGCAUCACUUCUAUAUUAGCCGGGCCUGUGUCGGGUGGCUCAAUGAAUCCAGUGCGGACAAUUGGUCCUGCAAUUGCUAGCAAACACUACAAAGGAAUUUGGGUGUAUAUUGUUGGACCGUUUUUCGGGACACUAACAGGUGCAUGGUCCUAUAAUCUCAUAAGAGGACCGGAUAAGCCAGUUCACACAAUUGCACCAUCACCAGAGUCAUCUUCAUUUAGGAUUGGUCGAUUCUUAUCAAAUUACGAUGAGCAACCAGAUGUAAUUCCAAAGAAAGAUCCUCUACAGAUUAUCUAGUUGGUCUUCUAUUCUCUGUAAAAUCAUUUAUUGUUGUAUUAUUCAAUCCCCCUGCUCUAGAUAAUUUCUACCAUUGUGCUAGGCUGCUCUCACGCGAGCAUCGUCGGUUGCCCUUGCCCUUGCAUAAUUAAAUAUUAGUUUGCCUUGCAUAAUUUCUUGGGGCACGUAAUGAUGCACUUUAACGUGUUUUCGUGAUGUAAUCCACUCCAUACGUAAAUGAAAUAAAAUCGAAGUGCCAAGAAUCCA